AUGACAGAAAGUGCUGGUGGAGAAUGGGCUUCGGCUGAAUGUGCAGAACACCAAGUUCCUCAGCUCGGAGGAGCGCAUGGAGUCAAUUGUAGUUCUGAUGCUCAAAAGAAAGGUGAACCGGACAGUAUUGGGGCUCACGAUGCUCUACGGCAGCGAGUGCUGGCAAAACCAAGCAAGAAAACUCAGGUGAACUCCACUGUAAUCAGUGCUCAGAUUGGCCUGUGGUUGGACUCGGCUUGA